AUGAUGCUGUUCCUCAAAGUAAACAUGCACUGUAUUCCCAAGUACGACGACAUCCCCAGGAUCGAGUCGAACAGCAUCAAGGAGUGUCUCCCUGCGAGGUUCAAGGGAACAAACCAAGAUCUACUCAACGCAGAGAUGGCGCUUGAUCCGCUGGAAAACAAGACGCCUCCCGACAUGUCUGCUGUUGGCGAUAUCGAGGAUGGGUAGUCAUCAGUGUAGGAGGAUUAGGAUUUGGAGGUUGAAAAUGCUUUCCGGUGCUGAGUAGUCAUAACCGCCAAGACAGAGGGUCGGGGCGGGGGAGCUUCGGGCGGGGGGGGGGGGGGGGGGGGCAUUCCAACAGCGUACAUAGCGCCUAGUUGCUUGCAAAAUACUGGUGGAAUACAAUACUGCACGCUUUAGUACGGCUUUCGAUACUGGAAUAAAAAUACUGCACGCUUUAGUACAGCUUUCGAUACUGGAAUAUACUGUACUGGCAGGACGGCGUUCGGUACUGUACUGUACUGCACGCUUUAGUACAGCUUUCAAUACUGGAAUAAAAAUACUAUACUGUACUAAACACGCCCUUGCUUUUUUUGUACCUUCGUUUUGCGUUUUUUUUUUCCAUGGCUUUCGGUUUCACAAACAAGACUUCACAACACCAACACUUCUUCUUUCCUCUCCUUUCAAAACUCAACCCGCACCCACUUGCCAUCGCCGUGCAACCUAUGAACGCAGCGGUCCGCGAAGCGGCCUUGUGUGUACAUGUACGAUUUGGUCAUUUUUGGUGCUUGGCCAUUUCUUUCUCUCCCGGCGGCGAGUUUUUUGUCGCGGUUCUUUCUCAGGGGCACGCAGUAGGCUCGUGGGUACGUUAUCGCUCAUGCGGGGAGCUCGGCAGGCGUCCGUGGGGCGUGUAGUUGACGGUCAAGGUCGCACGAACUGGCUCUAUUCCCCGGGGACGCGUUUCUCGCGGAAGCCAGGCGCCAAUUCUGAAACCCACCAACAACGACAGAAAGGAAAAUCGCCCGCAUGCACAUUUGGAACAGGUUUGUCGCUACCAACGACAAGUAGCCGGAGAUACCUGAUCAGAUGCCCCCAGAAUGAAUCCCUAUUCGUGUUGAUUUUUCAAAGCUUGCGCCAUCACGUGUGUUUUGUGGUAUUUCGGGCUGAAUAUAUCGGGUGUCGCCGUUCGCACCCUGUAGCGAGCAAGAUCGCUUGUUUGAAGAAUUUGCCUCUUGACUGGUGUGGAUCUCCCGUCAUUCAUCAAUUCGCUGAUUCCAGAUGGCUGUAACGCUUCAUGUCAUCGAGAGCAAUGUCCACCAGCACAUACACUGGUGGCCAGAGAGGCGGGU